UCACGUACUAUAUUAACAAACGCAACUUAUAAGAUCAGUGAGUUUGCGAUACGUUCAGUCGACGAUGAGUGCUCCAAGGAAAAUGUUAAGUGUAACAGCACUGGUGAUUGCGUUUACUUUAUCUCAUGUGUUUGCCGUGCCAGUAUCUGAACUGCCAGAAAAUAAGAUAAUCAAAGGAAUAUCUCCACAUGCAAACGAAAAAAGUAGCUUGGCACAAGGCCACAAAUUAAAUCGCAGGUUUGUUGUCCGCGAUGAAGAUCUGGUAGGAUCCGAAACCGGAUAUCUCGUCCAAAAUUUUGUGCCCUAUGCGCACCCCAAUCGCGGACCCUAUCCAGGGCAGUACACCCCACCGUUUGGCAAUUAUUACAACCGACUACCUGGCGGAGAUUACGGUUCAUUUAGCCAGCAUCAUCACGUUAUCGAUCACGAUUAUCACGGUACCCAGCACCACUUUUCCCAUCAUCACCACCACCACCGCAACUACCCUCAUGAUCAUCACACGUGCGACUCUGGCGAGAGCAGCGAAUCCAACUCCGGCGACGACAGGAAUGAGGUGACAUUGCCUUAUCCUGGAAAAUUUACGCCACGUCCAGUAAAACCACCAACGAAACAGACCACCCCAAAAACUACCACCACGGAAAUCGUUUACGAUAUAGACGUCAGAAGCGGAAACACUGCACGAAAGUGAAAAAAAUUGGACUGUACUGAUAUUUUUAAGACUUAAAUUAUUAAAUAAAUGUAAAUAAAGACGAAUCAGAAAC